UCAUAAGGGAAUUUCUAUCUACACUGGCACUAUAAUAUCAGAUUGGGGGGGGGGGAGAUCGGAAUUAGCAAUUGAUAAAAAAGAAAGGAUAUGGGCUCGCGUGAGUAGAAAACAAAAGAUAUCUAUUCUAGUUCUAUCAUCAGCUAUGGGUUCGAAUCUAAGAGAAAUUCUAGAUAAUGUUUCCUACCCUGAAAUUUUCUUGUCUUUCCCGAAUGCUAAGGAGAAGAAGAGGAUUGAGUCAAAAGAAAAAGCUAUUUUGGAGUUUUAUCAACAAUUUGCUUGUGUAGGUGGGGACCUGGUAUUUUCGGAGUCCUUAUGCGAGGAAUUACAAAAGAAAUUUUUUCAACAAAAAUGUGAAUUAGGAAGGAUUGGUCGACGAAAUAUGAAUCGGAGACUUAAUCUUGAUAUACCUCAGAACAAUACAUUCUUGUUACCACGAGAUGUAUUGGCCGCUACGGAUCAUUUGAUUGGAAUGAAAUUUGGAACGGGUAUACUUGACGAUGACGAUAUGAAUCACUUGAAAAAUAAACGUAUUCGUUCGGUUGCAGAUCUGUUACAAGAUCAAUUCGGAUUGGCUCUUGGUCGUUUACAACAUGCAGUUCAAAAAACUAUUCGUAGAGUAUUCAUACGUCAAUCGAAACCGACUCCCCAAACUUUGGUAACUCCAACUUCAACUUCAAUUUUAUUAAUAACUACUUAUGAGACCUUUUUUGGCACAUACCCGUUAUCUCAAGUUUUUGAUCAAACGAAUCCAUUGACACAAACUGUUCAUGGGCGAAAAGUGAGUUGUUUAGGUCCUGGAGGGUUGACGGGGAGAACCGCAAGUUUUCGGAGCCGAGAUAUUCAUCCGAGUCACUAUGGGCGUAUUUGUCCAAUUGACAUGUCUGAAGGAAUCAAUGUUGGACUUACUGGAUCCUUAGCAAUUCAUGCGAGAAUUGAUCACUUGUGGGGAUCCAUAGAGAGUCCGUUUUAUGAAAUAUCUGCUGAGAAAGCAAAAGAAAAAAAGAGAGACAGGUGGUUUAUCUAUCACCAAAUAGAGAUGAAUAUUAUAUGAUAGCAGCAGGAAAUUCUUUGUCCUUGAAUCAAGGUAUUCAGGAAGAACAGGUUGUUCCGGCUAGAUACCGUCAAGAAUUCUUGACUAUUGCAUGGGAACAGAUUCAUGUUAGAAGUAUUUUUCCUUUCCAAUAUUUUUCUAUUGGGGGUUCUCUCAUUCCUUUUAUUGAGCACAAUGAUGCGAAUCGGGCUUUAAUGAGUUCUAAUAUGCAGCGCCAAGCAGUUCCGCUUUCUCGGUCCGAGAAAUGCAUUGUUGGAACUGGAUUGGAGCGCCAAACACCUCUAGAUUCGAGGGUUUCCAUUAUAGCCGAACGCGAGGGAAAGAUCAUUUCUACUGAUAGUCAUAAGAUACUUUUAUCAAGUAGUGGGAAGACUAUAAGUAUUCCUUUAGUUAACCACCGUCGCUCUAACAAAAAUACUUGUAUGCACCAAAAACCCCGGGUUCCACGGGGUAAAUCCAUUAAAAAAGGACAAA